CUUUCAGCCUCGCCUGGCCCUUUGUUUCACUGCAGAUCACCUUGGCAAGGCAGAUUACUCACCUUCAUCAUCAACAUCACCGAUCAACACUCAUACUGGGAGAGAAGACGAAGGUGUCUAAGCCUAUGAUGGCUUGACAGAGUCGCUAUUGUGGCCCGCAGCUCAGGCCGUUACAGAAUGCAUGCGUCUUGCCCUAGAUUCAACACUCCUGCUGCUGCUUCCAUUCGGUCCUCCAUAUACCAGUCAUGUCUACACCGCAGCUCGACAACCUGCCCGACGAGGUUAACGAAUGCAUCAAUGUAUGCCUCGGCUUGUACGACCUCGUCAAUCUCCGCUUAGUGAGCCGGUCCAUGCUCACAAAGACAACCCAAAGGCAUCUCGGUUCAUUCUUGCGAUCCAAACGACUUGACCUGACGAGACCUUCUCUGGAGCUCAUGGCUGAAAUGACCGCAAAGCAUCGUCUCGGCUGCGUCAUCGAGGAGCUCACGCUGGUGGGAGUUGUAUACAAUACUAAGGCGCUGCAAUACCAGAUAUGGACCGGGAGCAAAGAAUUAGUCGGUGACUGUGACGAAUAUGGUCAUGUUGAUGUACCUACAGAGUUUGGCUCGGAGGCCGACCUUGCACGAGCGACUGUGGAACUUGAAGAGCUAAAACGACAGCGGGCCGAUUACGAUCAAUGGCAUGCCGCUGGCAAAGACGUUGCGUUAUUGACGGAAAUAUUCGCCAAUCUCGCAGCGAACACCAAACUGCAAGGGCUAGUUUCCAUUGCAACAGAUGUGGCUGUCUUCCGCGAGGACUCUAGUGAAGAGAGGCCCCACACGAACGUCUGGGUUGGAGGCUGGUAUGGCAAGCCGCUGCAAGAACUUUCCACACCUUGAUGCUCUCGUUAGCUGGUACCAACUUGUCACUACGACACCUGAAUCUUUUCCACAAUUACUUCUCUGGACACUGUAGCCUAGAAUGUAACGAGCUUAGCUUCUGUGACUGGCAAGCAGACGGCGUCGCGUUUACACUGGCCAGCUUGGAGUCUCUCUCAAUCAGCAUAUCUGAUCGAAUACUGCACGAGACCCGGCACGACCGCACAGCAACAGGAGACCCAGUAGAGCUCAUAAACGCGGACGAAUUCCAAGACUUACUUCCAAUUCGCGAGGAGCUCAUAGACCAAGGCUGGGCACCCGAAUGCUACACGGGCCUAAUCGAACUACUAAACAGCUGCAAACAGCUUCUCCAAUUCAAUUUCAGACGAUGCUUCAUACGGACCCGCGCACCCGGACUACACGACCACGAAGGCUUCAAAUUCUUACAGCACAUCAGUUCAAGAGCACCUCUACCAAACUUGCAAAUCUGCAGUCUAGGAAACUUUGUAGUCUACGAGCGAGAUCUUCUCACCUUCCUCAAACAUUCACCCCUCCUUCGAUCUCUCACACUCCAUAAUUUCGGAUUACAGCACGGAGGUGCAUGGGACAACGUAUUCAAACUUUUCACAGAUGAACAUACUCUACACUUCGAGGACUUGUAUCAAGGAGAUCGCCUAAUAUUAUUCGACAAUGGGCAUGAUAAUACAUGUGAAGACUGCCUGGCCGACGGCCUGAAUAUGGGGCAGAGGACUUACAGACGCGCAACAGGCCAGUCAGACGCCAUAACGUGGCACAUACCUGACCCGUUGCUUUCGAGGCCCCAUCACUGCGUCGAGAGGCGGAACGAACAGCAAAGAGACCAGUUUGGCCCACCUGUCUCGUAUUAUCCUGGAUUACAUAAUUGACAAGGAUUCUGUAGUGGUGAGCGCAGGCGAGAGUACCAACAGCUGAUCCAUAGCCACCUCAGAAAU